CGGCGGGCGGCGCUGCGGCGGGCGCGGCGGGGCGGCCAUGGCGGCGGCGCGGCGGGUGCAGCUCCGGGGGCCGCUGCUGCUGCUGCUGCUGCUGCUGCUCGGCGCGGCGGGGCCCGGCGCUCGGGCCGCUCGGAGCCGCGGCGCCGACCGCCAGAACAGCCUCCGCCGCGCCGCCAGCGGCCUCUACCAGGGCGUCAGCGGCCUCUUCGGCGAGGACAACGUGCGGGCCCUGCAGAAGUUUUUCUCAAGGUUGACAGAGAGGUUUGUCAAUGGGGUGGAUGUUUUAAUGGACACAUUCUGGAGAAUAUGGACUGAUUUGUUAGAUGUUCUUGGAAUUGAUGCCUCCAACCUGACUCAUUAUUUCAGCCCGGCGGCGAUUGCCAACAACCCGACCCGCGCCCUCCUGCUGAUCGGUGCCAUUUUGCUGGCCUAUUGGUUUUUAUCUCUGUUCCUUGGAUUCUUCUUCUAUCUCCUGCACAUGCUGUUUGGCCGCUUCUUCUGGAUCGCCAGGGUGGCCCUGUUCACCCUGUCCUGCGUGUACAUCCUGCAGAAGUACGAGGGCGACCCCGAGCACGCCGUGCUGCCCCUCUGCUUCGUCGUGGCCGUCUACUUCAUGACGGGGCCGGUUGGGUUUUACUGGAGGAGGAACAGCAACAGCAGCCUGGAGGAGAAGAUGGAUCACCUGGAUAGUCAGAUCAGACUGCUGAACAUCCGCCUUUCCAGGGUGAUUGAGAACCUGGACAGGGGCUCUGAGCAAUGAGCCAGCCCCCGCUGACCACUGUACACCAGCUCUGGAAAAAUCCUAAGCACUGUCUCAUCCGAAGUUACAAAGCAACAAAACAUCACAUGGUAAAAAGUGUGCAAAGUUAUAACUUUUCAUCGUGUCUAAGACUAAUUUAUCUAGGUUAAACACUCAGCUGUUAGACUUCUAGGAGAAAGAAAAAACAUUUACAAAAUUCAGCUGUAUAUUCAGAGUUUUAUCCAGUACUAGAAUUUUCUCAGUAGAUAAACGCUUACUUUUACAAGCAUUUAAAAACAUCUUUUGUAAAGUUUUUAUAAAAGCAAAUUGAGUAGUCUUUCAGAUAUUGAAAUUGAGUUAAACAUAUGCAAAUUUGACACUUUAACAGUUAAAAAGAAAAAAAAAAAAUCUCAAGCUACCAAGCACUUCCAUUGAGAAGUAACUGCUGUGGGUCCAUAUUUUUAUUCAGAGUUGUGAAUGUUUUUGUGUUUUUGUUGGCUUAUUUCAUUGCCUUGAAGUUGCCUUUCAUAGAGUAUCAGAUGAGGAAUUUUCUGGUAUCCAGGCCAAAAAAUUCUCACCGUAGCUUUUAACAGGAGGUGGGGAAUGAGGGAGAAGGAAGAUCUGAAGUCCUUAAAUGCCAGUCCAGUGUGAGGAAGCACACGCGUGGCGUUCUGUCAUUGCAUUUCAUCCCCAGAACUUUAAUUUGUUAGUGUCGGGAAGGAAAUCUGCUUUAGUAAAUUGGCACAGAAGGAAGAUGUAGCGUCACAAAUCGUAAUUCAUAUUCGAUCUGCACAGUGAAGCAUUUUCCAAGCUUAAGUGCAUAGAGUAAAGCAUGGUUUUUAAUCUCAGGACCCACGAACCUUCUCAGAAAAGGCAGCAGUUAAAACUCGUGCAAAUGUAUUGUUGCUUAAAGCUUUCUCAGGACCAAUCAGCGGCAAUAAAUUCUUCAGGAAGAUCUGGAUUUUUUUCUAAAAUUACAAUAGUUUUCUAGGAGCUUUUUGCUUGAAGUCUAUGUCCUCAUUAGCUUUUGGGGAGAGGAGUCACCUUUAAGAGGAGGGUGUAGGGAACGGUUCUCUUUCAAAGCAGUGGAGCUUUGGAGCAGUUUUCUUUUGCAGGAUUUCCGUGUUUCUUAGAACUAACGAGCUUGGUAGGGCAUCACUGGCUGUGCUGGUUUACUGAAACAAAGGGAACCUCAGGGAAGGAAGCCUGGAAUGUGGUUUCACCUGGAAACAGCAGCAUCCAAGGACACAGAUGUGAGGAGGGAGGGGAAGCACCUACCCCUGGUGAUGAGCACAGUUCUGAUACCAGCAGGGGUAGGAUGGAGCAUUCCAUAUUCCAUAGGGUCCAAACAAACUACUGCAUCAAAAACGCAACAAAAAUUGGUCUGGGAUGGGGCCUGGCUACAAAGCAAGGGAACCAGGAGGAGGAGGAGGAGGUUCCCCAGGUGUGCCUCCAGUGCCAGCUCCAGUGGGACAGGCUGGGGCAGCUGAGCACAGCUUGUUCUCCCACUGGGCAAAGCUCCUGGGUGUGAUGCUUAACUGAAUGUAACUGUGGGGCGAGUUUUAUUUUUCUCUUUAUGCUGAAGUUUAAUGUUCUUCUUGAAAUGUGUGUGCUACUUGCCUAAACCUCUUUGGGUCUGCGUGUGGCAUUUCCACGGGGGUUCUUUUGAAAUCCAUGUUAAUGGCCUUGACUCCUGGUGAUCACUUCGGUUCAACACGGUUGAAGUUCAUAUGCACUUGGCGCGGUUGGAAUGCAUUUCCAUUUUUUAUGUCACCUGUAAAUCCCCCUGCACCCCAUUUAUUAACAAGUACAUGGUUUAGAGUUGUUAAGUAACUGGUUAUCACAGCUUAAAAUCGUUCCUGUGAUCAGAGAGGGACUAUGCCAACAAACAGUCCGUUUUGUCAAGCUGAAAACGACAGUAAAUUCCUUUUUUCAGCUCAUUUUCCAUAGUGUUACAGAGUCUUCCCUGCAGGCUCAGUUCUCCCUACUGUUGUGCACAGAGGACUGGGCUAAAACUCCAACCUGGAAAUUAGGAAUUGACCGGUAAAGCUUGUCAGGUCUUGAUGUGUUUUGCCAAAUGUGAGACCUGAGGACCAAAGUUUGCAAACCUUGCUCGUGUCAGUGGCUCCAUUGCAUGGGUCAGUUUGCAUAGAUUGUAUUUUGUGUAAUCCGUAUUUAACGUUACAGUUAAAAAUACUGAACAUUUCUAUAUUAAGAGUUGUCUAUGAUAAAGAUUUCUUUGAAAGUAUUAUAUGAAAGUUAAUUUGGAUUAUAGUUUCUCCCUGUCUCACUCUAAUCAUUUAUCUUACUUUUGUAAAAUCAGCCCUCCUGUAUUAAUACUCUUUAUUUCGAUCACCCUGCUGCUUGAAAAAUGGUAUUUUUAUAUUUACUUGCAUCCCAUGUAUAGCAAAAUGUUAUGUGAAAAGCAGUAUAUAUAAAAUUGGGUAUUUUUAAUCAGUAUUUUUCCCAGCACUCAGUUUUCACGUUAGUCAAAUUCAGAAGUAAUGAUUUUUUAAAAGCACAAUCUAAUCUUCAAAAUAUAUAUAUAUAAAUAUAUAAAUAUAUACUUUAAAAUGCUCUGUAUUUUUAAACAUGCACUGUAGUGAAAGCGCUUUUGGGGACAUGAAUGUGGUAUUGUAUUUAAUCUCUUUCAACUUUUGUAAAUACCUUUUACAAGUAUUUUCCAUACUGGGCCAUCUGAUUUAUCCAUGGGCUUUUCUGCUGUUUUUUAGAAACCCGUGCCAGUGGCUGCCCUGCUUUUGUGUCCACAGAGCAUCUCAGAGACAGGCAGGGCUCUCUGUCACCUGUGGGUGAACUGAGCCUGGCAGGUGACACCUGCAGGGGUGGCCCUGGAGCAGCCCGUGGCAGUGGCACCUCCAGGGUGGCACUGGAGCAGCCCUCAGCAGUGGCACCUGCAGGGGUGGCACUGGAGCAGCCCUUGGCAGUGGCACCUGCAGGGGUGGCCCUGGAGCAGCCCUCAGCAGUGGCACCUGCAGGGGUGGCCCUGGAGCAGCCCUCAGCAGUGGCACCUGCAGGGGUGGCCCUGGAGCAGCCCUCAGCAGUGGCACCUGCAGGGGUGGCCCUGGAGCAGCCCUCAGCAGUGGCACCUCCAGGGUGGCACUGGAGCAGCCCUCAGCAGUGGCACCUGCAGGGGUGACAUUGGAGCAGCCCUCGGCAGGUGACACCUGCAGGGGUGGCCCUGGAGCAGCCUUCAGCAGUGACACCUGCAGGGGUGGCCCUGGAGCAGCCCUCAGCAGUGGCACCUGCCCAGGGCAGGGAUGGCACGGGACACCCCUGGUAGCUCCUGCUUUUUGCUGUGACUUCAUGGAGCUCUGCCACAGCCACGCCUGCAGUGCCCUGCUGGGAGCUGCUGCCGGGGCACAGGUGACACAGGGACAGUCCCACCUGGCUGCUCCUGCAGGACAGAUCCUGCUCCUGCACCGUCCUGUGGCCACUGGAGAAGCCAUCCCCGUGUGAGCAGCUGGCACGAGCGCCGAGGAGGGGCUCUGGCUGCCGGGGUCGGGAGCUCACCGGGGUUCCAGGGGUUUUCACCUGCCUGCUCUGGACCCAGCUUUGCAAUCCUGCAGGGUUCUUCCUGCUCUCGAGGGUUUUCAGCUGCCUGCUCUGGGACUCAGCUUUGCAAUCCUGCAGGUUUCUUCCCAUUCCUGAAGGUUUUCACCUGCCUGCUCUGGACCCAGCUUUGCAAUCCUGCAGUGCUUUUCCCAUUCCUGAAGGUUUUCACCUGUCUGCUCUGGAGCCAGCUUUGCAAUCCUGCAGUGCUUUUGCCAUUCCUGAAGGUUUUCACUGCCUGCUCUGGAGCCAGCUUUGCAAUCCUGCAGUGCUUUUCCCAUUCCUGAAGGUUUUCACUGCCUGCUCUGGACCCAGCUUUGCAGUCCUGCAGUGCUCUCUCUUCCUGCUCUCGAGGGUUUCCAGCUGCCUGCUCUGGACGCAGCUUUGCAAUCCUGCAGUGCUUUUCCCAUUCCUGAAGGUUUUCACUGCCUGCUCUGGAGCCAGCUUUGCAGUCCUGCAGUGCUUUUGCCAUUCCUGAAGGUUUUCACUGCCUGCUCUGGAGCCAGCUUUGCAAUCCUGCAGUGCUUUUGCCAUUCCUGAAGGUUUUCACUGCCUGCUCUGGACGCAGCUUUGCAGUGCUGUCUCCUGCUCGGGCAGGGUGGCUCCUCUGGACGCACGCAGCUGUAGAUACCCGUGUCCCGUGGAAUGUGACGCUUUCCCAGUGGUUUUGGGUGUCAGAGUGCAGUGUACAAAGCUGGUGUAGCUCAGUGCUGUACUUCUAGCGCGUCCUUCACUUCGUGGUUUGCUUCUCAAGGCUCGUUGCGUCGUCGCUGUGGAAAAUAGACCAGUAUCAACCUUAGCUCUUCGGUGGUGUAGAAGUGUUUAAGUGUGGUUUGCCUCACGUACCGAUCCGUAUUUGGCAGCUAAUGGCGUUAAGUGACCAUGAGUUCUCUUUGUCUGGGUUGGAAAAUAAAAGGUUUUAUUGUAUCCGCAUGUAUUUUAAACUUUUUGGAUAAUUCCAUCGACCUGUGAUGACGGCACAUGUACAAACCGAUUUUUCCUUUUAUUCAGAAGUUCUCUUUGCUGUGGUAGCACGUGUUGUUGGCACUGAUGGUGGUGAUUUCACAUCCUGUUUCGUACAUCAGGUUUCACGAUGGCAGUGUUUAAGUUUGUACAAUUGUUCAUGUAAAAAUGAUCUGGUCUGAAGAGAUGCCGUGCGUUCGCUUCUGAUCCUAGACACAUACGAGAUCCUGCUGGUAAUACUGUUAAGUAGUUACGACUGUACCAGACUUAUUUUUUACAGAGCUUUACAUGCCUUUAUUUAUUCCUUUAUCGGACCAUCCAAACCAUGUACUCCGUAGUUCAGUAUUUGUAGACCAGUUUCACAAAUCAACUUAAGGUAUUGUGGCAAAGCUUCGAAUAAAUGUUUACUGAGACUUUGCACUGA